GCUUGUGCCAUCCCAAUAACCACUUCCACCCCUAGUUGCAAACAAAUUUUACGAAAAACGAAGAAAAAUGAGACGCCGUGAACUACAGACGAUCCAACUGAAGCUGUCCGAGCUCAAGGAGUAUGAGGAAGCCAAGCUGGAGCGCCUGAGGAGCCGCAAGCAGCUGCUGUCGCCGCGAACUCCUACACCAACCUCCGACAGCGAAGUACUAGCGAUGUCCUCCAGCGGAGGACUUGUGCUAACCAGCAGCACAGAGUCCGAGUCGGAGGCCAAAACCUCUUCACUCUCCCCCAAGCCCAGCACAUCGGCCACCUAGGACCCAUUUGUGAGGAUGUAAACCCCUUCUUCGUCACUACCUCACUGGAUGUACCACAUAAGUUUAACGCAAAACAUAUUUAUGACCAUGUAGUUAAUUGUAACUCUUCUUAUAUAAGCCGUACCGACACAUUGAAUCCCAAGAGUGAUUCACUACUGUAUAUUAAAUGUAACUAAUUGGGCACUAUUGUUAAUUAGUGCCAAUCUCAAACCAGCCAGACUGUUAAAUAUAAGAAAGCACCAAAAAAAUA